GCAUGGGUUCAACAUGGUGUUGCAUCUCCUGAUAUUGAUGGCACAUGGAGAAUGAUCGCGGGGCUUGAGCCUGCCUGGCAAGAUAUAAGAACGAAAACACAAUAAAAAAAAAUCCAAACCAAAAUAUCGUCCACUCAUUGCUUCGUGCCCUUUUCCUCGGACUUGUAUACCCCUCUCGCGUGUUUUGCUACCUUCAACAUAUUGGUCUAUCGAAAUGUCACCCUCUGAGAAGCCAUGGACAAUCAUUGUCGGUGCUGGUCCGUCAGGCUUGCUUCUGGGUCUGAUGCUGGCAAAGAAAGGUGUCACUGUCCAUGUCCUGGAAGCUUCUGGCGAACUGGACGACUCUCCCCGCGCCGCGUAUUACGGCCCUCCGGCUGCCUAUGAGUUACGGCGUGCUGGGGUCAUUGAUGACGUGCGAAAGGAAGGGUUUGAUCCAGUCAAGACAUGUUGGAGAAAACUCGACGGCACAUAUCUUGCUGGUUUCGAUAACACCCUUAUGCACGAAGAUCCAGAUCGACUGGCGUGCCUGCCAUUGGCCCAGCUCGACCGCUUGCUCUACAGACACGCUGUUCAGCAACCCACGCUGAAAGUGUUCUUCAACCACAAAGUGGUGGAUAUCGGACAGGACGACGACAAGGCAUGGGUGGAUGUUGAAACCCCUGAGGGACAGAAACGGCUCGAGGCAGCGUACAUUGUGGGCUGUGAUGGUGCAUCGAGCAUAGUCAGAAGAAAGUUGUACGGUGCAAAGGAUUUCCCUGGCUAUACCUGGGAUAAACAGAUCGUGGCGACCAAUGUGGCCUACCCGUUUGAAAAAUUUGGAUAUGACGAUGCCAAUUUCUUCAUCCACCCAGAGCACUGGCAUAUGGUUGCUCGUCUCACCAAGAACGCGGAUGGCAGCGGCUGGUGGCGUGUCAGCUACGGCGAGAUCUCUGGACUCACUCGAGAAGAGCUGAUCGCGCGGCAACCCAUGAAAUACGAAGCCAUGUUGCCCGGCCACCCCAAACCAGGAGAGUAUGAUCUUGCAGCGAUCAGCCCGUACAAGAUCCAUCAGCGCUUGGUGGAAAAGAUGCGAGUUGGCAGGUUUAUGCUCGCUGCAGAUGCUGCACACAUAUGCAACCCUUUUGGCGGUCUUGGACUGACAGGUGGUCUCGUGGAUAUCGGGGGUCUAUAUGAUUGCUUGAUCGGCGUUUACGAGGGCAAGGCGGAUGAAAGUAUACUCGACAAGUACUCGGAGAUGCGGCGACAGAGGUAUCAGACAGUCACGGAUCCCAUUUCCACGGACAACAUCAAGCGACUGUAUGACCAGGACCCGGACAAGGCUCUCGAGAAUGACUCGUUCUUGAAGAUGCUCAAGGACAUGGAAGGCGACGUGGAAGCUCAGCGAGAGUUUAUGCGGUCACCAAUGGCGCUUCGAUAUGACUUUACUCAACAUUACAACACCAGCGAAGCAAAGAACGGGAGUCAGGAAAGCGGUGUCAAGACCGGAGCAGUCACAUCACACGUGGAGCAGGUUGCUGUAACGGGAACAGAUUGAGCCACGCAGACAUGAAAGGGGUUCAGAAAGGGUGAUUGUACUAUGCCCAGAAUCUCCUCAGUCUUGACAUGAGCCAUCUGGUGCGCCAUCAUAACCGGUGACGGUUCUAUAUUGGCUUCUGGGAGGCGUGGAUCUGCAGUCGGCUUUGAGGGGGCCUUAGAGAAGCCAUGUGGUAAAGUGAUAUAUCAUAGCCUUGGUCGCGACGGUGGAGUUUGCGACGAUAGCAAGCUGUUUCUCGAGAGGACAAUAACAUCUUUGACAGCUCUCGAGCGAGCGAGCAAG